AUGGCAGAAAAGACGAAGUACGUCGAUCGGGUGAUUCCCGAGAUCUCCCUCUGUGAUUUUGAAACUCGCAUCGACGAAAUCACCUCCCAGCUAUGUGAUGCAGCCGAGAACGUCGGCUUCUUUUCCAUCAAGGACCACGGUCUCAGCCAAUCCGAAGUCGACGAGAUGUUCUCCGUGUCCGAGUCCUUCUUUGCCCUACCAGAUGAAGCAAAAGCCACCGUGCCGUGGAGCCCUAAGAACGUCGGUUGGGAGAAGCUAUCACAGAUCAGACCGUCUACGGGUGCAGCCGACCAAAAGGAGUCGUAUCAACUCCAGUUCGGGGAGAACAUGACCGGCGUCUGGGCCAGUGAUGACAUCACCCCCGGUUUUAAGGAGAAGUCCCUGGCGUUCAUGCAUCGCGUGCAAGCCAUCUCGGAAAGGUUGAUGCUGUGCCUGGCCCGGGGCCUCGGCUUUCAGGACGACUACUUCAUCAAGUACCACGAUGCCGCCCACCCUGGCGCGCAGUCUGUGCUGCGGCUUCUGCACUACUUCGAAACCCCGCGCGUCAAUGAUGGGAAGAUAUAUCAUCGAGCAGGCGCCCACGCCGACUGGGGCUUUCUCACGCUAUUGUUUCAACGAGAAGGGCAAUCAGGACUCGAAAUCUGUCCUGGUCGCGAGGCUGUCAGCGAGCACGCCCUCGGAGACGAAUGGACAAAGGUCGAGAUUAAGCCUGGGAUCAUUAUAUGUAACAUUGGAGACUUGCUGAUGAGCUGGAGCGACGAUCGGUUCAAGAGCACAUAUCACCGGGUCAAGGCGCCAUGCGAAGAGGGGGAUUACUACGGGGAGAGAUACAGUAUGGCCUUUUUCAACCAGCCGUGCAAAGAGGCUGUUAUUCAGGGUCCGUUGAAGAAGUAUCCGAUGGUUACUGGGGAGGAGUUCAAUCGCAAUGCGAUGAAUAGGAUGUACGCGGCUUUGCAGGCGAAGAUGGCUGGUGACGAGGUCAAGACUUGA